UUAAUUAUUUUAUUCUAUUUUAUUUUUUCCUUUCUCUUCCUUUCUGCCCAUUAAACAAUGAAAAUGGCAUAUUACCAAUCAUCCUUUCCCCUCUAUAGGAAACACCCAUCAUUGCUCCCAACAAUCCUUUUCAACCUUAGAAACCUGAGCUUCUGAGAUAUUCCCACCCUUCCAUUCCAUUUCUUUUCCACCCCCUCCUCCUUCAUCCUUCCUCCUUCCUCCUUCCUCCUGCCUAUUACCUUACGCCUCUUUCCUCUUCAUUCAAAUAUCCCUUCACUUUAUAAACUUUUCUCCUCCCCUUACUCUCACUCUUAAAACUCCCACCCCCUUGUUUUUUUUUUUUACAAUGGAUCCAUCUUCCACCAGCUCAGUCAAUGGAUUCUACACCUUUCUCACUCGUGGCAUAGAUGAUCUUGAACGCGUUUAUCUCUCUAAUAACUUCAUGUCAAUCCAAUUCCUACAAAGGGUUCUUUCUCUUCUCCGAUCCUUCCAUUCCCAGCUACUCCUCCUUGUCCAAAAACUCCAUCUUCCUGUUGGUGAUAAGUGGCUUGACGAAUACAUGGAUGAAAGUUCCAAACUUUGGGAGGCUUGUCAUGUCCUUAAAUCAGGCAUCUCUGGCAUGGAAAACUAUUACUCUGCAGGAUUUAAUAUCACUUCUUCUCUUGAUAAUCAUCGCCAUCUUAGUCCUCAGCUCUCCAGACAGGUCAUUAAAUUCCCAAAGCAUACAACUUUACUAUCCAAGGUCGUCCGGGCAAUUUCAGGGUGCCGUAGAGAAGCUGUGGGAUUGGAAGAAGAGAACAGGGCGUUGAUGGAAACAAGAAUCCAACCACUUUCAUUAAGGUUUGACGAGAAGGUUUCUAUCGAAUCAAAGCUGAAUGGAUUCAACGGUUUCCGAGGAGUUUUAUAUGCAAUGAGGAAUGUCAGCUCAUUGCUUUUAAUGAUCUUGCUAUACGGGCUGGUUUAUUGCUGGCCGGAAUCAAGUUUCCUAAGAGGAGGAUACGAAGGGUGUCUGUUUUUCGGAUCAGCUUUCAUGAUCUCAACAGCAAGACUGCAGCAAAGAGUGGCGGCAGAGAUCAACCAGAUCAAUGGGAGGCCAGGGAUAUUGCUUUACGAGUUUAGGAGAUCAAAGUUGGCGAUGGAAGAGCUGAGAGGGGAACUGGAGAGGUGGUGUGGACAAGGAGGGGCGGUGGAGUGCGAAACAGAAGUGGGGAUAAGGGAAAGAGUGGAGAAUUUGAAGGGGUGUUUUGGGGUGUUAAGAUCUGGUGCUGAGAAUAUUGUUGGCCAACUUGAUGAUUUCUUUGAUGAGAUUGUUGAAGGGAGGAAGAAGCUUUUGGACUUUUGCAGUCAUAGGUAGAGAGAGAAAAGAGAGAGAUUAGGAUGGUUGAAAAAAAAAAAUACUAGGUAGAGGAAUCAGUUGUUGGGGGUUGUUGUACCUUUUAACCCUUUCCCUUCCUUCUAAUUUUCCUUUUUUUCUUCUAUUAAAAAAUUUUCUUUAUUAUUUUUUUAA